GUUUGAAACACCAAAUUCAUUAAUGCUUGUGUUUGUGCUGUGGCUGUACUAGCAACAUAGCAGAAGUCAUAUCGAUAAGUUUUUUUCCGGGUGUUAAGAUGUCUUCAGAUGAAGAUAAGCCAAAUAGUCUUAACUUACCAAGGGACUCGGACAGAGGAAGCUCAGUGUCUUCUGAACUUCAAGAUGAGUAUGAAGAACUGCUUCGCUUUGCGGUGGUCACUUCAAAGUAUGAGCCCGCUCGUCCAUCACAACUACUGACCGGCUCACUUACUUCAAAAAAAGCCCAGAGUUCCAGUUUAAUGGAUGAUGCAAGAUAUCAGGAGCAUGAGGAAAAUGGGAAACAAUCUGCACCUUCAAGUGAGAUCAUUUCAGGCACAACUACUCCACAGUUUGAAGGAUCCAGACCACAGAGUCAACUUUCUGAAGGGCAGGAGAUGAUAGCCAGGUCUGCAAGAGAAUCACAGAGAACUACUGAGUCAGACAGAUAUGGGCAGAGCAGUCCAGAUCCUAUGGUCACUGUAAUGACUGAGAUGUCCAUUUCUGAGGAGAACCUGAACAAGAUGGAGAACAUUCUGGAAACCUGGAGUAACAACCUAAAGAGCAAUGUGAUGAUGGAGCUGAGGAAAUGGAGACUGGCCUUGGUGGAGCAACACAAGCUGGAGAUGAAGAAGGAGAGGGAAAGGCAUGCUGCUCAUGUAGCAGGCAUUAAUGUGGAGAUGGAUGGCCUCAAAGACCUGCUGAACACCUACCAGACCUCCAAUCAGAGGAAAGAUGAGGUCAUCAUGAACCUGACGCGGGCAAUUGACAGGCAGCGUGAGCGGACGGAGCUAAUGAGGCGCUUCACCCACUGGAGGCUCCAGCGCUGCGCUGCGAGGGAGGAGGUGCAGGGAAGCAAGGUAGCAGAGCAGCACUACCAUCUACAGCUGAAAAGGAAGGUGUGGGUUGCCUGGCAUUCUCUCAUCCAGACCGACUGGAGGGAGACAGUGGAGCGGGCAUGCCGGGCCCGCGCAGAGGAGGUCUGCCUGCAGCUCUCCGCAGACUACGAGGCCAAGCUUGCGGAGCACGUGGACGCCCUGCACAGGGCCCAGGCCGAGAUCCAGAGACUGCGCGCUGAGAGGGAGCGCUACGAAGACUCCAUGAAGAAGGCGUUCAUGCGGGGGGUGUGCGCACUCAACAUCGAGGCCCUCAGCAUGUUCCACACUGGAGGGACAGGUGGACAGGAGCGAGAUGCCCUGCCCUCGGGGGACGAGCCCAGCUCCAGCUCAGCAUCCGGUCGUCUGUUCCAUACUAGCACGUCCACACGCCUUAGCCCAACCUUUAUGGACUCUCCAGUGCCACCCGGCCCCUCCCACAGCAAUACAGAAGGCACAGAAGCAGGUCACUAUACAUCUCAGGCUGGCUAUGGCACUGUAGAGGCACUGCCUUCCACUACAGUGGUGAACUCCUCUUUACUACCAGGAGGCAGCACAAGUUCCUUGAGACAGUCAAGUGCACGGAUGGUCACAGCUGGACAGCAGAAAGCUUCCAAGACUGUGACUGCACGCAUAACCGGGCGCUCCGAGCUGACCAGGAUGGGGCGUCCUCCCAGCAGCAUGCAAGUUAUGGGUGUGUCCCCACCCAUGAGUUCUGUCAUUGUGGAAAGACACCACCCUGUCACUCAGCGUACUGUCAGCCAGGCAACAGCAGCCAAGUUCCCACGCUCCGCUCUACAGAGUCAAACUGUGUCCAGCACCAAGAGCUCUUCCAGCCAGGCCAGAGGACAGACCUCUGCAUUUCACGUCCACUCCAUCAAAGUAGUGGACUAAUUCGCUCGUCCCAACCCACAGCCUAUCCCAUGAACACAUGAGAGUGGCGUGAGUGUAACUGGUGUACUAGUUUACACAAGUUGGUUAUAAAAAAGUUUUUACCUUGUUUAUUGGCAAAAAUGUUUGACUGUGCUAAUUUGAGAAUCAGGAAGAAUUCGUUAAACCAUUUAUACCAUGCAUGUGUUACUGUCAGUGUUUUUGGAAUGUUUUGUUAAAUUUUUAUUUGAAGUAUUUUUAUACUAAUGCAAUUUAAUGAUCAGAUUUGUUUAUAAGAGAACCCUUUUAUUUACUUUAUGAUAUAGUGUCUAUUGUCACUGGUUUGUCUUGCAUGUAGCUGUUCACCUGAUGAUGAGUGAUGCAAUUAUUUUCUUCAGUACAUCAAAUUUAAAUCCACCCAUGCACAAUCCUGUAAUAAUUUCUUUUGUUGAUGAGAAUGAAUGUAAUAUGGUCACCAUUCAUCAGUCAGGUAGGCUUGUUAAUGUAAUGUACCAUUAGGGUGACAGUAAAAAUGUGAGUGAAUCCUUCAUGGGAAAUAAAGCUUUGCUUCACUUUA